UGGUAAAAUGGACGGUGGGUGAAAAACGUCAAUACAUUAUUUGUGCGGAACUAUGAAUUAUUGAGGUUUAAAUAAUGAUUAAUGGUCAUUACAGAUGGUGAUUUUACGCGUUACUGAUGAGGAUAUCGGAAAUCAUUUGAAAUGGUUAUUUUUAAUGGUUAUUAUUAGUGAUCUGUUUGUUUGAAUAUUCGGGGGGAUUACCAAUUAAAAUGGCUGAAUUUGUACGCGGCGGACCCAGCGUGUCAAACAGUGCGAAGAUUGAUCAUCCGAGCAAAGGUGGCUCACCGAGUACGGGCAGCGAGGAUGGGGGUCCAAAUGAGUCACUCAAUGCCGAGAGUGAGUUUGAUCCAUUCCUUGAAAAUAUCCCGGAUGAUCCGCAGGACAUCGAGGAGCCCGACAGUGCCAAUGCGACUUUACUCACUGCACCAGCUGAGAAUCAAUGGUACCAUGGUCGCCUGGACAGGUUUACCGCAGAAGAGCGUCUGUGGGACGCGAGUAAAAUGGGCAGUUACCUGGUGCGCGAGAGCGACAGAAAGCCAGGGAGUUACGUGCUCUCGUACUUGGGUCGCACUGGCAUCAAUCAUUUUCGCAUAACAGCUGUCUGCGGUGACUACUACAUCGGUGGCCGUCAGUUCAACAGUCUCUCGGACUUGGUAGCCUACUACACCCACUGCUCAGACCUCUUGAAACGUGAGCGUCUGAUUCACCCGACGCCACCACCAGAGCCAGUGAACGAUAAGAAGAGAAUCGUCGCUAUAUUGCCAUACACAAAGAUGCCGGACACAGAUGAGUUGAGUUUCCAAAAAGGCGACAUAUUCUUCGUGCACAACGACAUGGGUGACGGCUGGCUGUGGGUCACCGCCCACAGAACAGGGGAACAGGGUCUCAUAUUUCGUGAGUUGGUUGAGGAUUUGGACGACUCGAUUGAUCCGAACACAGUCUUCUCGUGGUUUCAUCCGAAUGUAACGAAGAGUGAGGCUGUUGAUAUGCUGGUGAAGGCCGGUCCUGGAAGCUUCCUGGUGAGGCCAUCUGACAACAGCCCCGGGGAUUACUCCCUCUUCUUUCACAUUAAUAAUCAAAUACAGAGAUUUAGGAUUGAAAAGAAAGGGGUGAGGUAUCUAAUGGGGGGAAGAACGUUCGAGUGUCUCGAUGCUGUUAUCAAUCGAUACAGGAAGGAGCAGAUUGUGGAGGGCCACACGCUGGUACAGGCCAUGGUAACUGAGCCCGAUGGCAGUGUCAGGGUUAAUCGAGAGGUACAGCACGCUGAGAAGAUUUAUGCUACACUCAGAGAGUGUCGUGAACAGUCCGGCGCUAAGAAGAAUAAGGGGAUCAAAAUGCAGGGAUAUUUGGAGAAAAAGUCGGAGAAGAAUAAGAAGUGGAAGGCAUUGUAUUUUGUGCUGCUGGUCGAUGCCACUGACACACAUCUUUACCUCUAUGAUAAUCCCAAGAGGACGAAACCCAAGGGACUCAUUGACCUCAGCUGCGCCUAUCUCUAUCAGGUACACGAAAGUGUUUUCGACAGGCCCCACUGUUUCCAACUCGUGGAGCGUGCAUUGCCCUGUUUAGCAACGAUAACUUACCUCGCUGCACCAAAUUCUGAAAAUGCUCAAGACUGGAUAAAUGCAUUGAAGCCACUCUGUGUAUCACAGCUGACACGUGCCCCCAAGGUGGCACGUUUACGUGAACUGCGAUCAUUGCAUUUACAUAUACUCGAUGCACACAGAUUGCCAUACAAAUUGGUACCAAAUCCAUUCAUCAUAGUUGCAUUAAAUAAUGUUAAAGUUGCUCGUACAAAAGUUAAGACUGGAAUGCAUCUGCUCUGGGACGAGGAGUUUGUCCUGGAGGAUGUGCCUCCCGACGUGAUGUCGUUUUCAUUGACUCUUUAUAACAAGGGUAAACGAAGCAAAGAUACUGAAGUUGCUGAGGUGUCAGUGGAGCUCGCUAAUUUACCAAAUGGAGAGGAGAUUGAUGAGUGGUAUCCACUGGUUGGGGUCACCCCCAUUGGUGAAUGGGGAGCACUACGUUUACGCAUAAGAUAUCGUCACGAUCUUGCAAUGCCUCCAGAGGAAUACAGCCCCCUUCAACAGCUCCUCCUCGACCCAGAACUCCACGUUGUUCGAGCUCUGGCUGACGUCUGUCACUUGGAUCGAGUCCCAUUGGCGAACAGUCUCCUGAGAAUAUUUAGACACGAGAGGAAGGAGGCUGACCUUUUACGCUCACUCAAUCAGGCUGAGGUGGACAAGGAGGACGAAACACCUACGUUGUUUCGCGCUGCCAGCCUCACAACUACACUUAUGGAUCUUUACAUGAAAUCAGUUUGUACGUCAUUCCUCAAAGCUGCCCUACGCGAUACCAUAGUUAAACUCAUCGAGAGUAAACAGAGCUGUGAACUCAAUCCAACGAAAAUGGACUCGCCGGAGGACGCGUGUAGCAAUGCUGAAUUUUUAUUACAAGUUUUGGAUGAAGUGACUCUCAGCAUUUUCACGAGCCCCGACGCAUGCCCAAAGACCCUGCGAUACAUAUGUGGAUGUCUGCAAAGAGCCGUUGUGUCGAAAUGGCCACACGAGCGUCUUGUGAGAACUCGUGUCGUCAGCGGCUUCAUUUUUCUACGUUUGUUAUGCCCAGCUAUUCUGAAUCCCAGGUCCUUCAACUUAAUCGCUGAACCACCACCACCAGCUGCCGCCAGGUCUCUAGUUAUGGUAGCAAAGUGUCUGCAGAAUCUGGCUAAUUUAGUUGAGUUUGGGGGAAAAGAGCCAUACAUGGAGGUUGUCAAUCCAUUUAUACUGAAGAACAAGGAACGAAUGGUCGUUUUUCUCGAUCAAUUAUCGAAUGUGAUUGAAAAACCCGAGUCUGAUGGCGCUGAUCACCGUAACAAGAUCCAGAGUAUGUCAGACACAGCUCGAGAUUUGGCAACGCUUCAUCACAUCUGUGUGUCUCAUUUGCGUGAGCUCCAAGUGCUCUCCAAGACUCAACCGACAAUAAAACAACUGGUCACGGUUACCGAAAUGUUGAGUAAACACAAGCAGAAGUACAUGGAGAUGAUACGGUAGUGCUGGGAAAAUUGAAAAGGCCAGCAGGACAUCAUGCCAAAACGAGGACGAAUUUUUUAUCAUAAAAAUCAUUUUCAAAACAAUAAAAAAAAUCAUAGAGACAACAUUUUAAUAUGUAUCGCGCAGUAGUAUUUAAACAAUACAUACGAAUUCAAUUAAUUCAACGUAACAGACUGACGUGCCAUAUAUUAUUACUGUAUACACACAAGCCUACUAUUUCGUAUGUGAUUAGAGAAUAGUUUAUACAUAUUAAAAUCUAUACAUAAAUAUAUAUUAUAUAUAUAUUUAGCGAACAAUAACAUGACAGUGAUAUAGCAACGUGCUGAAUGGAAUAUUAGAUGUACGAUGAUUUUAUAUUUACUUAGGUGCUCAGAAAUAAAAUAAUCAAAAAUUCAUUACUAUGUCAAUUGAUCUCUUUCACAAAUCAAUAAAAUCAGAUGAAAACUCA